CAGAGCUCACUUGCGGCUGCACGAGUCCACAUCUGGAGAAGAGAGGAAGCCCGUUUUGACAUCUGGAUAACUCGCCGUGUCCGUCUACCUCCCGGUUUAUACGUGUGAGUAGAUCUAACCCGGAGAUUCAGGUGAUGACUCACCUCUGGACUCUGCUGUCAGCCCUGCUGCUGGUUAUGUCCGUGGCUGAACCUCUGAACAGCCUCGAGGAAAAUGAAAAUGAAGUCCUGAAACAUGCAGAGGGGGAGCUCACAAAAAGCCAGACUCAGGUGAUCGAGAAUGCCAUCAGAAACCUCACUGAAACUACACCAAGUCAAUCACUGACCCACACGCCGACCCAAACACCAACUCUAACACCAACCCAAGCACUGACCCUAACACCGACCCUAACACCGACCCAAGCACUGACCCAAGCACCGACCCAAACACCUACCACACCAACUUCUGUGACCACACUUUCCCCGAGCUCCACUGUUGCUCCUCGGUGUCCAGGAAACCAGGUAAUGCUGGAGAACGGUACAGGCUGUGCCUGUCCAUCUGGCAUGGUCAUUGUUGAUGACAACUGUACCUGCCCUCUGGGCUUCACUCUGGAGACAGCUGCAGGGUGUAAAGAUGUUAAUGAAUGUGAGCAAGAUGGGUCGGGACCAUGUGGUCUCCAUGCCAGCUGCACCAAUAUCCCCGGCUCUUACUCAUGUAGCUGUCUCCGUGGUUACCUGAUGGGCGCUGGAGGGUGCCAGGAUGUUGAUGAGUGUGCUCUGGCUGCAGUGACGGGCCUACAGGCCUGUCAGGGUGAUGCCGAAUGCAAGAACACCCAUGGCUCCUUCACUUGCUCGUGCCCUUCAGGAUAUGUAAUGGCUCUAAAUGGAAAAAACUGUAUAGAUGUGGACGAGUGCAGCUUCGAAGAGCUGUGUCGCCGUGAGCUGGGAAAUGUGUGUGUGAACACUCCUGGCAGCUUUGUGUGCCAGUGUCAGCCAGGCUUCAGAGCACAGGCCCCCGCCUGUGUUGGUCCUGUGUGUCCAGACUACAACGUGUGUCAAGAUGUGGAUGAAUGCGCAGAGAGUCCUGCAGUUUGUGAUGGUCAGGGUGUGUGUGAGAACACGCUUGGGAGCUACAAGUGUGUUUGUCGACCAGGUUACCGGGGAAACGGCACACACUGCGAAGAUGAGAAUGAGUGUGCGUCAGGCGUUCAUCGGUGUGACACCAACGCUCGUUGUGGCAACAUCAUUGGCUCUUAUUUCUGCCAGUGCUAUCAGGGCUUCAACGGAGAUGGACACUCUUGUUUUGAUGUUGAUGAAUGUGCUGUCAACAAUGGCCACUGUGAACACAACUGCUCCAAUGAACUGGGAGCCUACAGUUGCCAGUGUGCCUCAGGCUACCAACUAAUCCAGGAUGGACACAACUGUACAGAUGUGGAUGAGUGUGUGGCACUGAAUGGGACCUGUGAGCACAUUUGCAUCAACACUCAGGGAUCUUUCCAGUGCUCCUGCAGGCCUGGCUACCAGCUGCACAUUGAUGGCCACACCUGUGUGGACAUUGAUGAAUGUAAACUGCAGAAUGGUGGCUGCUCUCACACGUGCAGCAACUCUCCAGGAGGACACACUUGCCACUGCCCUCCUCCUCUGCUGCUAGACACAGACAACCUCACCUGCAGCAAUAUUACAUCGUGCAAGCUUAGAAAUGGUGGUUGUGAUCACGUAUGUACCGUGCGGGCUGAUGGCCAGGUCCAGUGUAAUUGUCAAGCAGGCUGGGAGUUGGGCAAGGACCUGAGGAGCUGCGUGGAUAUGAAUGAGUGCAAGGACUUCACAAACGGAGGCUGUGAGCAGCUCUGUGUGAAUCAUCCUGGAGGCUUCAACUGCACCUGCAGGAAAGGGUAUACAGUACGAACCGAUGACCUCACCAAGUGCCAGCCUGUGUGUGACCCUCCCUGCCACAACUAUGGUGUGUGUGUGGCCCCAAACACCUGUGACUGUCCUCCAGGCUAUCCUGGACUAGGCUGCUCAGCCAUGUGCUCCCCGCCAUGUGCCCACGGAGGUACCUGUAUGCGCUGGAACAAGUGUCUGUGUCCUCCUGGCUGGACUGGACCAGGCUGCCACACAGCGGUGUGUGAGUUGCCCUGUGCUAACGGUGGCCGCUGUGUGGGGCCUGAUACAUGUCAGUGUCCGUCUGACUACAUCGGCCCCCAGUGCCUCUUGCCCCUGUGCACUCCUGCCUGUCAAAACGGGGGAAGAUGUGUGGAUGUCAACAAAUGCAUAUGUGUUGAUGGAUGGAAAGGAGCUCGAUGCCAAAUAGAGCCUGUUCAGUGUCAGAAACCUUGUAAGAACGGAGGAGUGUGCGUGGGCCUCAACAGGUGCCGUUGUGCAAAAGGAUUUACUGGAAAUAUCUGUGAAACAGCGGUUACCACCCCUUGUGUGCCACCAUGUCAACACGGGGCCACCUGCAGUCCUCACAACACCUGUACCUGUCCAGAGGGGACUGCGGGCCUGCGUUGUGAGAGACUGACGUGCCCUGUGGUCACCACGGUGGUCAGCAUGGCUCGAGCUGUAAGAAAGGCAUUCAGGGAGAGUUAUAUGGACCGUUGUGGACCCUUGGGAGUUCAGCUUUGCACUAAAUACAGAAUAAACCAGGCACGCGUGUACCUGCAGGCCUACAGGGUGGGCUACAAAAUCCAGUGUCCGGAGAGGAAGGGAAGAUGAAUGGUGUUUGUCAUGAGGAAAAAUCACCCAACAGACAGCAUUACAAGGAAACAUACAAUAACUGAAAUGAGAUGAGAUGUAAGAUGUAAAAUUAUAUUGUAAGUGAGUUAGUAAGGUGUUGUUGUUUCACCCAUCAAAGAAGCCUCUCUGUUGAAAUAUAAAAGAGGACAUGACUGUAUCAUAAAGGCUGUUUAUUUGAUCUGUGACAUAAUGUAUGACAAUUAUCUUCGAAUAGAAACAAUUGCUUCAUGUUUGUCGUGAUUAUGUAUGGCAGUUGAGUUAUUAAAUGUUACAUUUUUUUGUCUUUUUGUACAGUACAGUUUUGUCACAGUCUGUUAACUGUUCUCAAUGAUUGUCUAAUAAUAUAAUAACUGUCAGUGUAAGGUACUACUGUAAGAGUCCACUUCAAAGUUUCCGAAAAAGAGACACAAACGUUUGAUAUCUUGGAUUUUAAAUUGAAAUUACCAUGUUAAAGACAGGACAAAGCUUAUAUCAUCGUCUCACUACACAAUCGUCUUUCUUUAUCUACUUGUAUUACUUGCAGCUUGUAUUGACAUAACAGAAUUGCAGGGUGUAACUGUGUAUCAUAUUCUUACUGUUUUACAGUCCGGAUAUUGCCGUCUUUUCCUGCACACAGAUGUCCAUGACCUUGUUAUCUAUCAAUGGAUGUUUGUAUGUCAGCAUGAUUCUGCAAAAAUGCAAUUAUACGACCUUGGUUUUCAUGAAAUAGAUCAUGUACUGUUGCAAAAACUUGUUGGACUAGUGAGUAACAUAAUCUGGCUGUUA